GUUUGUCUUGCCAGUCACGUGUCAUGUAACCACUGAACCAAACAUUUCGUCCUCGCUCUCGAUGAGCGAAGUCUCACUUAACCUCCUUUAUUGUUGCGAUUUACAGUCGAAUAAUGAUCGCCGCUCGGUAAUAGUUGAGCGCGUGGUGUCAAUUGGCUAAUUUGGCGAGCUUUUGCCGUAAGUUUUGAUUUUAUUGCCCGCUGGCUACUUUUGAAACAACGAGACAAGCUAGGUAGACUGCUAGCUUGUGAUGAGUCAUGGCUGGCAUACUUCAGGGGUCACUCCGACUGAGGACAGCCCUCAAAGGGCCCUUGACCAUCCUCGGCUCGUCUUCAGCCUCAGGUGGGCUUUUACAACCUCCACAACCCGCCGGCCUACGUCAUGGUACUGCCCGUACAAGGACGCUCCACGACAGGGACGAUGUGAGCAAUACCACCUCGCCAGGAGCAUCCCCAGAAAGGCUGCCGUUUUCCAAAGUGACCCCGGAGGAUCUGGACUUUUUCCGGAGGAUUCUACCCGGCAGAACCAUUACCGACCCCGACCUGUUGGAGUCUUGUAAUGUGGACUGGCUCAAAUCUGUCAGAGGCUCCAGUGAGGUGCUACUGAGACCUCAGACAACACAGGAAGUCUCUCAAAUUCUCAGUUACUGUAACAGCCGUAAUCUAGCGGUGAACACACAAGGGGGCAACACCGGCCUGGUCGGUGGCAGCGUUCCCGUCUAUGACGAGAUCAUCCUCUCCACCGCCCUCAUGAACAAAAUCCUGAACUUUGACAGCGUUUCUGGGGUCCUGACUUGCCAGGCGGGUUGUGUCCUGGAGCACUUGUCCGUCUACUUGGAGCAGCGGGAUCACAUCAUGCCCCUGGACCUGGGCGCCAAGGGCAGCUGCCACAUCGGGGGCAACGUGGCCACCAACGCGGGGGGUCUGCGGCUGCUGCGCUACGGCUCCCUGCACGGCACCGUUCUGGGCGUGGAAGCGGUGCUGGCCGACGGUCAGGUGCUGGACUGCUUGUCCACCCUGAGGAAAGACAACACGGGCUAUGACCUCAAGCAGCUCUUCAUCGGCUCCGAAGGCACCUUGGGCGUCAUCACCGCCGUGUCGGUCCUAUGUCCUCGCAAGUCCAAAUCUGUUCAUGUGAUGUUUCUGGGUUGUGAAACGUUUGCUCAGCUUCUGAAAACCUUUCAGCUGUGCAGAGGCAUGCUGGGAGAAAUCUUGUCGGCCUUCGAGUUCCUGGACAGCGAAUGUAUGCGGCUGCUCAACACGCACCUCAAGCUGGACAACCCCAUCUCUGAUUGUCCGUUCUACAUGGUAAUAGAAACGUCAGGCUCGGACCCGCGGCAUGACGAGGAGAAGCUCCACAACUUCUUGGAGGAGGCCAUGACAUCGGCGCUGGUGAGCGACGGGACACUGGCGACGGAGGAAUCCAAAGCCAAGGCGCUGUGGUCGAUGCGCGAACGCGUCACCGAAGCGCUGACGCACGACGGCUUCAACUACAAGUACGACGUGUCGCUCCCUGUGGAGACCAUCUACCAGCUGGUGACUGACAUGAGGGCCCAUCUCGGGGGCCAGGCCAAGAGCGUGGUGGGAUACGGACACUUGGGAGAUGGCAACCUCCACCUGAACAUCACCUCGCCCACCAAAGACGCCAAGUUGCUGGCCGCCAUCGAGCCGUUCGUGUACGAGUGGACGUCGGCCCGGCGGGGCAGCGUGAGCGCCGAACACGGCCUGGGCCUAAAGAAGAGGAACUACAUCUACUACAGCAAGUCCAGCCGGGCGGUGGCCGUCAUGGCGGGCGUCAAGGCCAUGCUGGACCCUCGGGGCAUCCUCAACCCGUAUAAGACUUUACCCGACAGAUUGCUGUGAAGGUUGCGGAUUCAUUCCGAGUUUGCAGGGGGCUACUUUUCGACUCCUGAGGCUUCAUUUAUAACCGUUUGUAGAACAGGUUUGUUCACACGGCGGAAAUUUUGUAGGUGCGCAAUGACCAAAAAAAAAAAAAAAAGUGUCAAUAAAUGCCAUCUGCUCUCAA